AUGAAACUUAAACUAAUCUUAGUUUGGAUUGUUGUUAUUUUACUUCCACAAACUUAGCAAGCAGCUUAUGAGGUAGCAGCCUUUAAUGACUACUGUAUUAAAUGCACUUACUUCAACUAUGUUCACUGCUAUCUUAACAAUAAAUGCUUCUCUGAAAACCCAGGUUUUUGUCUAUCAGUUAGAUCUAACAUAAUUGAUUGCAGCACUACAUCUGAUACUCCAAUUACAAUAUCAAUUACAGAUAGUUUAGUAGGAACAUAUAAAGGAAGGACUGAAUGGGUCUCUGGAGAGACUUGGGUAAUGUAUUAAUUCCAAAAUCAGUUAUCAAGUGGAAUCCCAGGGAGAUUAAGAAUCUCAUACUCAGGCACUAAUCUUAAAUUCUACAAAGCACCAUCAUUGGCAUUGGCAACAAAUGCUAAUCUAGUUAGAGUAGGUAUUACUGGUGAAUUAACAGUAAGCACUGGAACUACUUACUACCUGCUUGUCGUAAAUACUGAAAAUCUUAGAGAAACCUUCUAUAUGGAAUAUCAAAAUGGCUUUUACUUUAAAGCUAUGCCAAUAAUUUUUAUUAGCAGUGUAGUUAUUUUAUUUUCUCAAAUUUUAUUCUGA